AUGGAGAAGGACAAUCCCCCACAGUUGGUGACUCCCGCAUCAGUAAAGGCCAUUAUCUCAAGGAUUGAGGCUGCCCAGUUAACUCGGGCUCAGGAGGAUAUUUCUACUCAACUCUCAGACAUCUUGGACAAUGUCAAUUUUGUUAUCAACCGCUUCCAGGAAGAAUUAGGAUAUGACUUAAAAGAAAAGAUGAAAUCUCAUGAGACAGAGCAAAAAGGCAAGAAGAGAUUCAUAUUGCUGGAGAAAAUUGCCUCCUUCUCCAAAGACGCUAAGAUGAAGGAGAAGCACCUGUAUGAAAUCCUCCACUGGCUGGGUGACUGGGGUGACAGUCUGACUUAUGAGCUCAGGAACAGGAAGAGUGAGGAAGAACAGGAAUCCCUGGAUGAAUGGAUUGAGGUGAUGGAGAAAGUGUUACCUCUCUCUCUCACUGCUACCAAAGGAGGCAUUCAGUCUCUCAUUUCCCUUUGCUCCACUCUCAUUGAAGAACAAAAGAAAAGGGCACAAAUAUCCAAAUGCACCUUCUGGCAGGGCUGGCAGGAAAAAAGCCAACAAAAAUCUUCAAUCCACCCUCAGCCACUGAGCCCAGAGCAGAUGCUCCAAGACAAGCACACCACCUGCACGAAGGUCUCUGAGGUGAAGUCCAUGCUGCAGGAGCUCCUGGACUCCACCAUGUUCAACAAGGGGGAGGUCAAGGCCAUCAGAUACAUGUCCACUGUGGUGGAGAACCUCAAUAAGGCCUUGAUUCUCCAGCAGAAGGAGAACAGGAGCCUGGAGUCCAAAUACAGGUACUUGCAAAUAGAGAUGACCAAAGAGCUCAGCAGCCAGAGAUUGCACUUCCAAAAGUCUAUUCAAGUCCUUGAGAGCAAGAGAGAUGCCCUACUAAAGCAGGUAGAGGUUCUAGGGGCAAAGUACCAUGACCUCCUCCUGAUAAAGCAUGCCCUAGAGUUCCAGCUGAAGAAGGUUCAGACCUCUAGAGGUUCAACUGGAGACCCAGCUGAGGUUUAUAUUUACUCCCCAGGCACCCAUGAAAAAGAAACUCUUCCAAAAAAAGAAAUAGUCAUAGAGGAAACCCAGCAGGAGCCCAAGGAGGAGGAGCUAUUGUUUUCAACAGUUUCCCCAAGUUCCAUGGUCAUAGCCUGGGACAGAGGGGCUAUGCCUUCAGCGUGCCAGCUACGCUCCACCACAGACACACAUUUGAGGAUUGCAGAUGUAUUUAGCAAAGACACUGAGAGUCUUGAACCUGAGUUGCCACCCUCGGUGGAUUACAAGUUUCCUACAAAAUGGGAAAGACUAGUGGCAGAAGACCCAGGUCAUGAAGACAAAGAUCAGGAGGACCACUUCCAGGAGAAGGAAGGAGUCCAAACUAAAUUCCAGCUUAGGAAGCAUCACCUGUUCCCAGGGAGCUCCAGGAAGGUGCCCUUAGAGAGCCAAGUGGAGCACUGGGAAGAGGAAAUGAGCUGGGAGAGGCAGAGGCAGCAGUGGCUGCAGGAGGAGGAGAUGUGGCAGCAGCGGCAGAGGCAGUGGGUCCUGCUGGAGCAAGAGCACCAGGAGAAGCUGCGGCAGUGGGAGAUGGAGGCAGCUGCCAGGCAGGGGCAGCAGAGACUUGCCCCACAGGAAGAGAAUAAAAAGAGCCUAAGGAGGGAGGAGCCAAGAGAGGAUGCAGAGAAACCAAUCUUCACAGCCAUCAGUUGGUGGAAGAACUUGGAGAAGGCAGAGGCAUUGCCAGUGCCUCCCCCAAGCCGGGUCCAAUCCGCUUGCCCAGGCAGGAAGCCACGCUUUACUAGGUCCCCUCAUGCUCAGCAUCCCAAAUCCUUAAACCAGAGGACUGUGAGUUCAGUAGAGUUUACCCAGCUAUCACAAGCCCCCAAGGUUUCCACCAAGCCCAAAAAAUCUACCUCCCUUCCCAUCACCGGGACAUUCAUCCGAAGGGUGACCCGGCCAUCUUUGCAGAGAUCCCCAGUCAUCCUUAAAGACAAGAUAUAUCACAUGAAAAUGGAAGCCCAGAAGAAGAAUCUGCAGCUCCUGGAUGGAGAUUCAAUGCUGCCAUGCUACCUGCGCAGCAAGGCCUUGGAGCUCACCACCACUACCAUGGAGUUGAGCACACGCAGGCUGCAGUGUCUGUGCCAUAAGUACAUCCUCUACAGACGCUUCCAAAACCUCCGACAGGAAGUGAUCAACCACAUAGAAGACCUGCGAGAGACAAGGGCCACCUAUAAGACCCAGAGCCUCUAUGUCUUCCUUGAAAACAUCAACCGCCAGCAGAGACUAAGGCUGCAGGCCUGGACAGACAAGCAGAAGGACCUGGAGGUGAAGCGCAGAGAGUGCCUGAGCAGCAUGGUGACCAUGUUCCCCAAGCUUCGGAUGGAGUGGAAUAUUCACCUGAACAUCCCUGUGGUCACCUCCCCAAAGUCAAGGAAAUGCAAGUCACCCUCAGUUUUACCCUGGGGUAUCCACUCCAACAGCCCUGCUUGUCAGCAGCCCCUUCCAUCUAAGUACCAGGAAUGUGUGCCCUUGCAGAUGGCCAGCCAACAGGGGAACCAGAUAGAGGCCAUCUGGAAGACUAAUGUGGCCUCCUCCAGUCACCCAAUAGAAAAAAAGACCCCUGUCAGUCUGUCCUGGGACCAGCUAGGCGGAUACCCAGAUAUCCCCCGGCUGUUGGCGCUGGAUAUGCCUUCCUCCCACCACAGAAGCGUGAUGUCCUCCAAGACCUGUUGCUCCUCCACCUGUAACUGUAUUAACUCUUUCAGUGCCUCAGCAACUCAAAAAAAGGAAUGCCAGAAAUCUACACGUGAACCAGCUGAGCUUGUCUGCAAAAAACUGAAUGUUUCACUCCCUGAAACCCUACGAAUCCAGAAGAAUCGAGGCAGCUCCAGUUCUCACUCCAUCCCUUAG